AUGAACCCCGACACUCCCAUCGGGGCACCGCACUCCUCCGGCCUUGUGACUCCGAGGGAGGGCCUGGCCACGCCGGGCAGCCCGGGGCUGACGGCCGUAGACGCGCCUCCCUUUGACAGAGCUGCUUUCGACUUCCUGCCCAAGCUGUUGGAUGUCGUGGACUCCAUCGAAAAUGGCCUGGACCCGUCGGAGGCCGAGAAGUCGAUUCUCAUCUUUCUCGAAUCCCUUCGCCGGGCCAAAUCCAUAGUCGAACAGCUUCCCGGGCUGGAGUUUGACCUUCCUGACCAGGAGCGCCUCUUUCAGACGGCGUGUGACCAGCUUUUCCGGAAACGUGCUCAACUCGAGACCUUCCGCCAAUUGCCGAUCUUCACCGGGCCAGCUGACGAGUCGGAAGACAGUGAUCUUGAAGAUGCCGACCUCACGGAGGAGGAUCUCAAUGUCUCUGUGGCCAUCGGCGCGCCGACUCCUACGCCCCCGAGCAGCGACGGAGACCAUGAUGCCAAUACCCCCCUGGUUGACCCACCGAUCGAUGUUGCGGAGGGCCCAGCAGUCGAUUCCUCAACGGCAGGCGGCCCAUCUUCUGACGCCCCGGCGACCAACAUCGCCGAGGACAGCCUGAUGACCGAUGCCCCGGAGCACAACUGA